AUGUCCGCAAACUCACCCCUGGAGAAGCCCACAGAGCCAGAGCUUGAGGUUGCUAGUAGUAAAGGCAGCAAAAAAUGCAGACUUCCUGCAGGUGAUUUUGACAUCCUACCGCCUCCCAAAAAAAACAUGAAGAAAUUAUUUACCUCAGCUUUCAUAGAGCGUAGCAAGGAAGUUAAUGUUUACUUUGCACGCAAACGUCUUUCUCUUGCACGAGCCACCAGAGCCACCCUCACUUCUGCGGAGCACACAGCAAAAUGUUGA